GAACAGGCUGAAACUUGUUCCAGUUAUGACAAAAAUCAGAAUCAAUGUAGAUGUCAAAUGAAUAAUUGUAUUUUUAGGUUAUUCAGUUUGAUGGCGCUGGCUGCCUAAAUGUUUUUAUGAAUGGUAAUUCGUGUAAUGGCUGCGAGAGUCUGCUUUGGGACCCCAUGGUAACAACAACAACAUUCCAAUUCAAAGACGGCCUUGUCCAUUAUUUACGCCGUCCAGAUAUUGUGUCUCAUAUGUUGGAGAAGAUUUUUUCUUAAUACAGUGCAGGAUGACAAGCCCAUUGUCUGCUACACCAGAAUCGUCACGCUGGUCUGCGUUGACCUCCCAUACUGCUCCAAGGUCUGGCCACAGGCCAAUACAUGACAGUCCUCUUCUGCAAGGCUGUAAUGCUGGCUCAAGUCCGUUUAAGCACCACAGCACACCUCAGAAACUGGGCCUUCCAGCACCAGUGGAUGUUGGGAGCAAACUUACCCCCGUCAGAUACUAUGAAAGCAAGUUGUUGUCCACAAUCCGAAGUCCAUGUCAAAAGUCCUACACUCCAUUAUCUGCAACUCCUUGUGGAACAAGUCCUGCUUUUAAAACUCCAAUUCGCAUUAGUUCAACACACAGCCCACAUCCCACGCGAACACCUGUUGGAACAAAACUGCCAAAAUCUGCCAGCAAAUUCAUCACACCUCAGUCACAGAUUAUCAAUCCAUUUGAGGAUAGACUACUCUCGACAUAUCAUGGCUCUGUUCUGAGCCCAGGAGGUUUUGCUCUGACAGAUACUCCAGGUAGUGAGGAAAAGGGUUCAUUUCGAUGGACCAUAGAUCAGCUAGCUAUUUUACAUCCAGCUGAUAUUGAUGAAAUGUCCUGCGAAGACAGCCUUAGGACAAGAUUCGACAAAGAGGUUGAAGAAACAGCUCAACGAGCAAUAAGCGAUUUCUUUGCCAAGAACAGCAUUGUCCCUUCACCAUGGCAGGGGUCUGAUGGCAAGCCUGUGUAUGUUGCCAUGCCCAAAUCACCAAAUGGGGAGUGUGAUAAAACCUGUGAUAAUGGUACUACGAAACCCAAACAAUCUCAGGAUGCUGCAUGUCAAACUACUCUCACAUUGCCAAUGGACUUCGACCUGCAGAAAAUACUAGGGGAGUUCAUGACAUACCAAGGCUCAGAGGAAGAUGGUAACCCACAGGAAGCCUUGAGCACUUCAUCUCUCCGCAGAAAGCUCUUCUUUCAUGGUGAAUCCAGUCCAGCAUCCAGUCCAAUUGGAAAAGUGGAAGGAGUUGCAGUGCAGUGUGAUAGAAGUCCACGAGCAGUUCCUCUCAAACCUCUCCCACUAUCUCACACAGCACAUUCUGGCUCACCACAGUUUUCCUCUAGUCCCAUAACGAUGUCAAAAGGUGGACCAUUUUCACGAGUAUCUGAAGAAAUGGAUGUAAUUAUCUCCCCUGAGUUGUCCCCCAUUAACCUUCAGCAGAGCCCAGUCAGAAGGCCGUCAGACCAUGAUGGUAACCUGUGUGGGAGCUUUAUGUCCAGUCCUUUACCUCCACCAUCUUUCAUGCGGUCUGCUUUUCGCAGCCAGCACAAUGCCAUGGCCAGCCCAGAGUUGUCUCCUAUUGGUCCCAGACCUAAGUCACGCAGUCGACUCUCACUGGAUGUGUCCCCCAUUUGCUCACCUGUUGCCCAUGUUAAUGAUAUGCACAGCCCUCGGACGGCGCUGACAACACAGGAGAACACCCCCUCAGCCACAUCUCACCCCGUCAGCGUGUCAGUAGCUCUGUCCACACCUUCCACUGUGGGAACAUCCAAAGUUUCAGACAAUAGUGUUCUUGUUGGUGGAACAACUCUUGUGACCACACCCCAGUUUUGUGUCCCAUUGGAGACAAGUGAAAGCUGUGCAAAUCCAUUCUCUACUGAAACCGACGAGCCGCCUCAUGUGGGGGAAGCAUUCCAACACCCCCGCCUUGUCAUGUCAGAUAUCUCCAUGGAUGUCACCGGCAUGGAGACAGACUACGUGGCCCAUUCCACAGGCAAUCCUCUUAUAGCAAACCUGCCUGAUACUGAUGACAAAAGCUUGUGUUACCCAAUGUCCAGAGAGUGCUCCAUGGUGUUUGAGGAGACAACUCAACAGGGCAGUGUGGGAAAUGUGCCCACAAGUCAGCAUAGUCAGGAUACGGGCUACCAGACCUGCAGCUUACAGCUGACCGGUCAGGACACAGGAUUACACACGAACCUCACCCAGCAGUUUGGCUCACUACCCUUCAGAAGCUUCUCUGAGGCUGACUGCAUGGACGAGGGUAUAGAACAGGGAAAGCCCUUGCCAAAACCUGUCAUAUUCAAAGAGAAACUAGACACAAUCAACACAAGCAUGGUGAGUCGACAGUUGAGUUACCCUCCGUCCUGUAAGACGGCGUUCACACAGGAGAAAGUGGACUGUUUGCAAACUAAACAUUACAUGAAAACUGAGCUGGAAGGCUGUGCCCUGAUACAAGAAGGUCUCACAGAGGACCAGGUGAUAGCUAAAGCCCGGUAUCUCUUAGGGCAGACCGGGAGUGUGACAUCAGCCCUUUCCACCAAACCCAGUGGUGAACUCUUAGGGGUGUCUUCACAGCCAGACACUACAGUACCCCACCUAACCUGGCAACCCUCGUGCAGCUCUACACCUCAGAAAACAAACAGCUACAGCUCCAUAGCUCCAUCUCAGCCACCAAGUGAGGUUGCCAUGGCUAUCCUGAGAAGAGCAGAGAAGGAUUUAGUCAAGUACGGUAGUUUGGCUACGUCCACAGAAAGUGCAUAGAUAAAGAUCUCGCAAAAUGAAAAAAUAUACCAAAGAAUCAUGUUUUAAAUGUAACUCAUUAAAAAUUGCUCAUGAAUAUAAUAUCUGACAUACAGGCAUGGAUUGGUGUCUAAUUGUCAACAUGCUGACAGGAUUCAAAUGUUGUCACAGAUGAGAUGUUCAGAUUUUAUAGUGUCCAAGUUUCAUUGACAGCAUCAU